AGCGUAGAUCCGUCGCGCGGAUCUGAAAAUGCUGAGAGACACCGCCGGUUCUCAGUCACGGUAUCGCGUCCUCUCGGUCCGCUUCGACGACAUCGACGUCGGUCGAUGGGAUCGUCGGCGUUACCCUCUUUUACCUCUACCUCCUUCUCCUUCUCCUCUUCCUCCUCCUCCUCUUCGUCUUCUUCUUCUGCUUCAUCCUCCACCUCGGCGAUUCUCUUCUCAUCUCGAUAGACGUCCCGCUCCUCCGCGAAAGUGCAGCCGCCGCCGCUCUUCCUCUUCUCUCGACGAAAUUCGUAAAUUCGCCGCGGCAUCCCGCGAAGAUUGACUCGGCCGAUAUUCAUCUCAGGAUAUAGCCCUGUGCGAGUUCGAGCUUGCCACCGGUAGACCGGCCCCGGGAGAGGAGGUUUCUCUAUGCGAUCGCCGCCGGUGACUGUAAUGCAUGUAAACGAGCGGCUCUCGCUUGGGAAAUAAGGGAACGUUUCGGCGACAACGCCGCCGCAGGACAACGGGAAGAGGGAAACCUGAGGAACGCUCACUGCAAGGUUGUUGCAGCGUUGUGCCUCGCGGCUACCUCGGCGUGACCAUGAUUUUGCGAACCUGUCUCUGCCUCAGCCUCCUCACGGUUUCGGCGCUCUGCCUGACCGCGGACGAGAUCGAGGCGCAGAGGAGCGGCUGGAACCUGAAUCCGAACACGCAGUAUCACAUCCAAACCGACGAGGGCCCGGAGAGAUUUUUCCGCUUUCAAACGGCGAACGGGCAAUACAGAAAGGAGAAGAGGCUGGCCGACGGCACGGUGAUCGGCACUGAGGGCUGGCUGGACCCUCUCGGAUACUUACGACUGAAAGAUUACAUUGCGGACCACGAGGGAUUCCGGAUACUGAGGUCCAAAAUGGUCUACGUGGGUAAGGACCGACCUAUUCAGGACGCGGUCGCGGAAUCGAAGAAAGUGCCGGCGCAGACCGGCGUCUUGGCCAGGCCCAGAAGACCGCCCAAUCCUUUCAGACGACCGGAUCCCAACGACGUCGUGCCGCUGUCCGGCAACGACAUCACUUCCGGCUAUUACAUCCCGACGACCAUUCGACCGCGACCGUUUUCCGGCAACGGUUACUACUCGAACCGACCGGGCUACUCCUCGACCGGCCUGCAAAGCCUGGAGACUCAUCACCGACCGCAGGCCACAUACUACCGCGGACCCGCGGCGCAACCGACUCCGAUCCUCGAGGCACCCUAUGACCCUUCGGUCGCGCGUCCUCCCGUCAGGAGCGGCUACCGAACGCCCGUAUCGCGAAGCGAUUCGGUCGACGCGCCGCCUUACGACGGCACGUACAGCACGGCGAACGGCUUCCAGUACUACCUGAAGAGACAGUACCACGAGGAGGAACGCGAGCCGGACGGCAACAACGUCGGCUCGUUCGGCUACAUCGAUCCCUUCGGCAUCCGCCGGGUGAUCUACUAUCAGACGGACCCGCACACCGGCGGCUUCCUCCACAAGAAGAACAACCGAUACGUCGGCUUCGCCGCGAUACCCUACGACCCGUCGCCGCCCGACUUGUCGCGGAGACGAGGCUCGAGAGCCUCCCCGGCCUCCACGAGUUCGUAACCCCAAUCUUUCGUACACCCGAUGUUCAUCGCUUCGCCAGCACGGUUGUAGCGCCACGUUUUGUCGAACUCGAAGAACUCGUCAUCCGAUAUGUCGACACCAGUUUCGCUUUCACGCUGGACGGCCUCGGUUCGAGACGACGGCUCGACGAUUUCGAUGAUCGAGGCUGCUCGUCCCAUCGAACCCUCGUCCGUCGAUGUUCAACUUGAGUAAUCUCUGCUCGCCGAUUUUCCGCCCGUCAAGGAAAAGAGUGUGGAUGUUGAGAAAAGAGGGAGAGAGGGAAAGAGCGGAGAUCGAUAAUUCAAGUUUCGUGUACGAGGUUCUUCGGCGGGCGGGAAGUCUCGACGACCAGCGUUGCUUAACGAAGUUUCUUGAAGUGCCACGACUGAUUUUCUCUCACGUACGACUCCGUUGUGUCAUCCGCACCCAACGGUCGCCAGUAUUACCCGAGUGUGUUGCCGAGGAAUGGGAAUCGAUCGAAUCAGGUGGUCGCCGAGGCGAGCGUAGAAAGAGAUAUCCCGACGGCGGGAAAAUCAAGGGAGGCUGAGAGAGGACAGCGGCGACGAUCUAUCGUGAUCUCAAAGAGAUCAUGACUUCCCGGCGACUUCCUGAUUCAUCGUCCCCGCCUUUUGUUCCGUUAUUAUCGCGAGGAGAUGAUCGGAUAUCACGAGGACGACAGGUUAGAUGCCAUGUUGCCGACACCGGUGCGUGUACAUAUAUAGUUUUCCAGGGAGGCGCGGUGGGAUUUCCCUGAAGAGGGAAAAGAAAAAGGGAAAAAUCUCUCGCAGAAAUGCGAAUCGGACAAUGCGUGUACGCCGACUUUUCCGUCAGUUGCGUCAGCGAUCUUCGAAGCGUGCGAAUAGACUCCCGGCCGCCGCAUUGUCUCGCGUGUAGCAAGCUUCCUCUAACUAAAAGGUCGGCGUUUCUUCCCGGUGACCCGAGAGGAACGGGAGGAAAGUAUUUGUUCUCGUUUAAGGCUGCAAUUGCGAGCGACGAGAAGGACUCUUCGUGUCGACACGAGUCUUCAGCAGGAUGCAAACUCGGGUGGCAGAACGCGCGAGCUUUCGGUUUUCGCGAAGACAAAAUGUCCGCGCGAUUAAUGUCAUUUCUGCGUUUCUCCAUGGUGUACUCUUCGUUUCCAUUUUGCGUCACCAUCGGCGAAAUCAAUCGGGGACCACGAGAAUCGGAGAUUCUCCCACUUACCGAAUCAAAAUAGAAGACGGUCGGCACUUUGGCGCGAGCGGAUCGGGCUUCGUCAACCCUGCGAUGCGGGAUUCCCUUCUCUCUCUUUACUGCCCAAGUAGAAAUUAAACCAGUUUCCAACCAGUAACCAGUUUUACCGGCCGAAAAUUUACAAGUUUGAGAAAUUUUUGCUUAGGCAAUAACUGGAUAGCAAAAUUAGCCGGUUUCGGAGCAAUUCUUAAUACAAUUUUGGGCAUUUCAAUUGUUUAUUAUUUUGCCUGGUUUCUGGCCAGAAAAUGGCCGAAAAACACUAGCCAGAAUUUUAAGACUUUUUGCCGGAUAAAAACUGUCCAAUAUUAACUUACUAUUUUUUUGGAAGUAGUUUACGGCAAGUAACUGAUUAAGAAAUAAUAGUCGGUAUUUUUUGGAUAAUUUCUGAAGUUACUGUCUAAUCAAUUCAAGCCAGUAAAAAUCGUCCAGUUUCUGUCUAGCAACCAGUUUUUCCCUAACAUUUUUCUACUCGGGUAACGACACUCCACCGCCGCCGGAGCAUCUCGUGCGAACGCCUUGCGGAUUGUGAAAAUCAUGUUGCGAAGUGGACCGGAACUUUCUAUUCGAAUUUAUCGCAUCUCGAGAUCUUCCCGUUGCCGGUUUUUACGCCGAAAGACAGCGGCGACGUACAGCGAAUAUGCACCUCACACGUCGUCGUCGUCUCGUCGUCGUGCAUCGCGGGUUGACUCAGCGUAACUCGCAGAUCCGGAGAGAACCUAAUUUCAGCUUUCUACCGCCGAAUUCCGCUGACGCUAAUGUUAUAGCUGCCUCCUAGUUUCGCGCGUCCGUACGCUUUUCGCCGUGCUAAUUUUCUCGCGGUCCGGACGGUAUCCGCUCGUGCCGAACGACGACUGGGGGCCCGCGUAGCGUUAGUUAAUCUUUAAGCUAAAACUUCGUUAUACAAACCGCGACAAUGGUGCUGGCUGUUAAGUAAAAGCGGAUACGCCGCGCGCGCGCUUUCCGUUCUUUUAUGGCGAUGAGAACCGUGCCGUUCCGCUCGGCGCGCGUAGUCAAUUGCGAUUUUCGGAUUAAGGCUCGUCCCCUCCCCCCUCCGCCCGUUGUGAACGACAUUACUUUUUACCGUCGUGUCCGCGUAAAAGCCGGGAAAAUGCGGGGCUACGUAGUACGUCGUUUUACGCUUAACUUAUUGCGCGCGUAUGACAAACGCGAGCGACGCUGCGCGUGAUCGUCCGCGCGUCGAGCGUCAAUCAUGUGAUGUGUCUAAGAUAGUUUUCACGCCCGAGCGUCGAGCAAUAAUAAAAAUAUCUGUGUAAUUUUCCUUUGAGAAUUGUUCCUUUGAGAUUCUUCAAACUGCGCGUAUGGAAGAAAGAAAGACUUGAAUUCACGCGAGACUCGAAGCCAGCGAGGGUUGUGCAAUUUUUCAAGAUUUUGUUUGAUAUAAAGUUAUCGAGCAACACGUCGCUAAAUAAAAAAAAAUUAGUAUCGAAAUUCAAGAUUUAUAUUCUCAUAUAUUCUUGUAUAUUAGCAAAAAUAUAUAAUUCCGGGAAACAUUAAGACGUCUUAACACGUCGUAAGGAAACUUUUUCUGACAAUGAGACUUUGAGACACUUCUUAGCUCUUGUGUGUGUUGCGUGGAAUUUUAUAUGAAGAUAAAACUUUUGUUCUUGCAUGAAGAAAUUUUACAUGUUCCGUCACGAAUGUACAUAUUCAUGUUAUUUAAGAAUAAUUUUUAUGAAUCGAGAGAAAAAUUAUAUCUUCAAGCUAAGAAUUAUAUUAGUUUGAAGAUAUCGUUUUUUGUAUCCAAUAUUCUUUCUCACAAUUUGUGCAAAUUAUUCUUGAACGACAAGAAUAAUAAUAUUUUCAAAUUGCAUUUCUUUAUGUAGAAAAAUUUUAUCUCUAUAUAAGAUUAUAUAUUUUUGCUCUUAUACAUGAAAAUAUGAGUCUUGAAUUGAUAUUAAUUUUUUGCCAGAAGCACUUGCACAUAUCUAUGUCAGAUCAACUCUAAGUGUUGACGUGGGUCUGAAAUGUUCAAUAUUUUUAGUGACGUCCGGCUCGUUUCCGCAGUAUGUAAUUUCUGUAUAUAUUCCACUUAGCGGAUGGAGAAAAUUAAUCAGAUUGCUGUGUUAACGGAUCAUGUCGGACAGGCUACAAAACGGAAGCAAAAUGAACUAAACUGGUUCUCUUUCUCAGCAAAAUGCCGAACAGCUUCCUGCUGUGAUAUGCGCAAAAUGAAAAUCCUAGACUCCAGGAUAUCGAAGGAUUCUAUUCGGUAUUACACUAAUUCUGCCAUUCUCUCGAUAUCUUUGCCUCCCCAGCGAGAAAAGAACAUAAGAAAUGAACAUCAAGUUGACUUCGAUUCGACGUAAUUUCGAUUGUUUCGACUUUGGUUUGACGUCGGUAGUUCAUUUCUUCGGUAGUUUGUUUUCUCAUCGGGUCUUCAUGUCGAUCAGUAAUAUGACAUCGUCCUUAAGAAUUGGCCCGAAAUUUAUUUCAAGGAUUUAUUCUUGUCUUCACAGGUUUAUGCGCGUCUCGUCAUUAUCUCGGAACAAUCGUUUUACAUGAUUAUUUUGUCAAGACACUCUUUACUCGCAGUCCGCAUUUGAUCGCGAGGAAGGUGUUCCGCGAGGUCGUGCGGCGCAACCACAGAGCACUUUCUCUCUCUCUCUCUCUCUCUCUCGCAUCACAUAUAAUUGUAACGGCAGCGCGUCGCAGUGCAUCCAAGAGAGCAUCGGCAGCCGUUUAUCCGAUUAUCAUACUCCCCAUUUAAAGUUUCGCCGGCCUUGACGCGCUACCUCGUGAAAAGUUUCACCGGCCUCGGGGCACGCCGACUCUUUCUCUCCUUUCUGAGCACGAAGAUUGACGCCCUUUAUAGAUUUGUGCGUGUGUAUAUAUGUAUACAUGAAACUAACAGUAAAUAAAGAUGCUUCGCUCCGUCA